UAUAUUUAUACAAAAGAAGAAAGAAAAGCGAAAUUUGGUGUGAGAGAGCGAAGCAGCAGGUGCUCAAGUUCCAGUACCACGCCCACUGUUGGAUCUUCUCCUCCCUCGACUCUUCCAUCGAUACAUUCUGCAACUGCUAGGGGAAAUGCAGAAUCCAGACGCAAAUCAGCUUCCUGAAGUUGAUUCAUUACCGGAUGGGUUUGUUGAGAGUACUACAGAGCCUCUUGCUCCUGUAUCUCCAACUCCUGAACAGGAGAAGCCCCUGAAUAGUUACAAGGAUGAUGAUUCCUCUGACCUUAGUCAUUCUAAUGAACUAUCAAAUGAUUUGGGAGAAAAAGAGUUUCAAAAUAAUCAUGAAUGCUCAGGGGAGAUUCCCUCUAAUAGCUGUAUGCAGCAGACAGAAGGUGCACAAAUUACAUCUGCUGUAGCAAAUUCUGUUUCCGAGUCUCCGCUAUCCACAUGCUGUGAGGUAAAGGAGGAGCAAGAAGAAGAAUGCCAAAGUUCAGAUAAAUCAACUGUUGUAGCAUUGGAGACAAAAGCACCACCUGUAAAAAAUGCGUGUUCAUCAGAGACUGUUGAUUCUUCAAAAAACAAAAAAGCAGAAACUGGUGAAAAGCGCAAAAGUUCAAAGCGUACUCUUAAAUCAGAGAAGGAGCUUUUAGAAUUUACACUGAAGUAUCAACAAGUCUUGGGAGAAAGAGAUGCAGCUCUUGCUGUCCGAGAUAAGCUUGAGUCACUGUGUAGAGAGUUACAACGCCAAAAUAAAAUGCUGAUGGAAGAAUGCAAACGUGUAUCAACUGAGGGGCAAAACUUAAGGCUGGACUUGUCAGCUAAGUUUCAAGAUGCAAUCAAGGAUGUCAGUAUUAAGCUUGACGAACGAAAGGAUGAGUGCCUUUCUCAGCUAAAGGAGAAUGACAUGUUAAGAAAUAAGCUAAAGCAGCUUGCUGAACAAUAUGAUCUCUCUGAACAGCAAUACGCACAGAAGUUGAAGCAAAAGUCAUUGGAACUACAGCUUGCUGAUUUAAAAAUUAAGCAACAUGAGGAAAAAUUGGUUCAGGAACAAUCACAGAUAAAAAUAUAUGCGGAACAAGUAUCUCAGUUAUUAGCAACUGAGAAGAAUUUACGAUUGCAGCUGACAACUGAUGGAGAAAAAUUCCAACAAUUCCAGGAAGCGCUGUCAAAGAGCAAUGAGAUUUUUGAAACAUUCAAGCAAGAGAUUGAGAAGAUGGCAAAGUCAAUCAAGGAACUCAAGAAGGAGAAUCAAUUCUUGAAGAGUAAAUCUGAGAAGUCUGAUAUUACACUUAUAGAGUUGGUUGAUGAGCGUGAGCGCUUGAAGAAACAACUGGAGAAAACUAAAAAUCAGAAAGAAAAACUUGAAUCGUUAUGCCGGUCACUUCAGGCAGAAAGGAAACAAAGUUUUGCCGAGAACAAGAGCAAUAACUCAGAUCAAAUAUGAAGAAGAGUUGGUUCCAAAUUCCAAGCUUUUACUGAAAAUAACUUGUGGAAGCAAAUUUAUCUUUCUAAUACCUUGUUUAUCUAUCUAGCAUAGUGGCUUGGCUUGUGGCUUGGCUUGGUUUGACAGGGAAUUUGCAUGCAGUUACAUUAAUGUCAUAAAUUCUGAUGCUAUGUUUUAUUUUUAUUUUAUUUUUUUUCCAUUUCAAGAUUUAAAACAGGGUAAAACGUUGACCUUGUCA